UGAGGAAGAAUGGAAGCAGUACAUGCGAAGGCGGCUGGAUGGUAUUCACCCAGGGCGCCGGUACGGAUUAGCGCGCCAACCUCGACCGCGACUCUAUCUCGUAAAUGUCGACAAUGAAACCGGAACAGCGAGAGCGCAACUGACUAGCGCCGCAGGCGAACCGUUGUGCCGAUUGCCACAUGCUGACUGGCAAGCGCGUGUGCGACAUGUCUACGGUUUUUUAGUGCGGGACUUAGAAGAUGGGGCUUUCACCAUUACCAAUCCGCCUGUCAGGCAAUGGGACCUGGGCAGAGGCUAUGGGUGGCAGGAAUUGAACAUGAUGCAUGACCCUGUAACUCCGCGACAAUACUCGAGCCAGGUCUCCGAGUUUAUAGAUUCUGCACGC